AUGUCGGCUGAUCAGGCGUUGGCAAUCGUUCGUGGUAUCACACGGGCUGCAGAAGGACGUGAAGAUGGCACCGCAGAGACCAAGGAAAGCUUGCGGGUGGCUUCAGGUAAGGUGUGCGAUUCAUUGAUGUUCUUCAUCGAGCACCCAGACAACAGAGUUCAGUGUCACGUCGCAAACACCAUGAAAAAGUGCUACGAGAGAUAUCCUUGCUCUAUCAGCGAUGCAAACAUGGUCACAGUGAGGAAGGCGUAUGCGAAUUGCAUCAAGACUGCCGCUGAAAACACAUUGCUGGGUGACGACGAGACGGCCUUGAAGACGCUGGCGUGGAUUGUCAGUCGUGCCGAUGGCGCGGACUUUGCAAGGGCCCAGGAUUUGGAGGAGGUCGAGGUCGGUGCCAAGGAUCUUGGGGGCCAAGUGGCCGUCAAGGCUUCAAGCCAGAAAGACGAUGAGCAGCUCAGAUCAGCCGUGCUAGCGGAGGUGAUCAAGAUUCCACAGGUAGUCAGCGUCACCUUUGAGGCAGAUUUCGUCGUUGUAUCCACGAAGACAUUGGCAGAUUCCAGAAAUGCAAACUUUCUAGCCGACCUGCUUCGCACGAUGAUGGAGCAGGCCGGAACACCGCCCUGCUCCGAAGUCUGGGAAGUGUGUGCCUGGAAGCAAGAUCCUGCGCAGGGAGUACAUGAGGUGAGUUUGGUGAAUCCGCAUACUCGCCUGAGGACUCGAUGUCGGCUGCCUGUGGCGGUGGAUGUCACGGCAAGCUUCGUGGAGAUAAUGCUGAACGAUGCCUAUCUGAAUCCUGAAGCAGCCGCCCCCAGAAGUGACCACGAACUACGCCUCAUGUAUGCAAUGGCCGUCGUGCGCCUGGUCAAUGGCAUCGUAGAUGUCUCGCGCACGGGGAGAACGACCAUUUUGGCACGGGCACAGAGUGCAGAAUGGCCCCAGCUAUUCGUGGAUCUGCGGCACGAAGCCUCUCAUCAGAACUUGCCAUCGUUGCCGAUACUUCGGCUGGCAGCCCAGGAGGCCGUUUGGCUCCUGGUCGAGCGCUACUGGCGCCCUCAGCUUCAAAAAAUCGAGGAGAGGGGGCGCAACGGAACAUCCCAGACGGCGGACCGAGGGGCAAAGACCCUGGACCGGAAAUUGAAGGCUCUCAUGUGGUGCACAGCGGCGACGCGUGCAGCAGAGGAGCCUUCACAGAAACGCCGGAAGUUUGGCAACAAGAUGAAGGCUCAAGAGGAUCAGGAUUCAGAGGCUGCUGCAAGAGAAGCAAGCUUGGCGGCCAAGAAGGCUGCCGAAGAUGUAUCCGAAAUGGCUGCAGAUGAAAGUAAGCUUCUCGCACGCGUUUUUCAGGUUCUUGAGGGCGAGCCUCAUGCGGAUGGUAGAGACAGCAGAGCUCUGCACCUGCUCUGCCAGACAUGUUCGGAGAACUUCGCGUUGCGUUUGCUUCGCCAUCUUCUCUUUGCGGCCGCGGGACUUCCCACCGUCAAGCUGGAGGGGGCAGCUGACAAUUGUCCAAGCCUACGCAAUAUCUCUGAUCACUAUUGUUCAUCAGCGACCGAGCCUGGCACGAAGGAGCACUCGAGUGAGGAUUCGGAAAGGAUGCUACACUGGCUUUGGGCCCUGUUGUCAAAUGACACUCCGGACAAAGAUUCUGGAAGUUCUUCACGAGUCCGCUGCACGUUGGCAAGCUUGCUGCCUUCACUGCGGCUUGCCGUUGUUGGCCACAUGGCGACCUCAAGCGGUUCCGACGUUGCAUCUCGCUCCUCACGGCUUUGGGCAGUGCUCAGGGAAGAGCGGCUCGACGCCGGGGCUGAAAUGUUUUCAGCUAUUUGCGAGGCAUUGGAUCCAACCAGUGGCCUCUCCUUGCGCGACUCUCCAAGUCAAGGACUGGAGGAGAUGGAAGGCUUUGUGAAGAAAGCUCAAUCCAAGCCGAACCAGAAAGUGGGGCGAGAGCCGUGGACAGCUGUGGGCACGGUCUUUGACCGAAACUUGUCUAUCCGUUGUCGAGAGGAGCAUCCGGAGAAGAUGCCUUUGUCUGCGGAUGCUUUGCGGAGAUGGAUGGACUGGGCUGCCGUGGACUUCUAUGCCACGUCGAAACAGAAGAACGUCAUAACGGCGGAGAGCUGCCAGACCGAUAUCCCGGUGACAGAGAACAAUGAUGACCAACCCGACUCAGGAGGUAUUCCUGAAGAGACGACGAUGCUCCCGGACAUGUCCGACGAGGAGAUUCUGGCCAAUGAUGCAGGGCCGGAAAUCUUGACCGAGAAGAGAACGGCGUCCGCACAAGCAGACUUGGAGUUGGAGAAAUUGCUCGAAGUUGAGGAGCAGGAUCAUGCUGUUGCUGUUGAACCUGAUGUCUUUCGACAGCUUGCUGCGAAGGCACUGGCACAGGCAGAGAUUUCCAAUACAUAG